AUGCAAGCAAUUGCUAAUGCAAGCUCUGGCGACUUUGACAUGGAAAUCGUCAACGAUUUAUACAAAGACAGCGCUUUCGUCCUGCCACACCGUUGCUACGAUCUUUUGACAGGAGAGUUCCGCGGCAAAGAACAUGCUGGCUACCUUGGAAACCCGUUGGAAGAAUGGGAUCCCUAUGCCAUUCUUAACGAGACCAAGUUUCUCCAUUUCUCUGACUGGCCUGUGCCCAAGCCAUGGAUCGAAGCUCCUAAAGAUAUUAUUGAUGAAAAGCAGCCUACCUGUGAUUUCAACCCUCUGACCUAA